AUGUCCUAUGACAUAGGAGUUAAGAGUACAAGCUUGAAGCCAGAUCUGCCUGAAUUUGAAUCCUGGCAUUGCAACCUGAGGCAAUCUGCAUACAAAUUUGUCUCAUCUCCAAACCUCACAGGAUUGUUGCAAGAAUUAACCCCAGCGUCCGGGCCUCGCCUCGAAGCGCCCCGCUUCGGAGGCCCCGCCGCUGGGCCGCCGGGGCCCUCAGUCCGCCGCGGGGCCGCCGCUGCCGGGGCCCGGGGGACCGGAGGGGAGUCCGGCCCGCUCCCCGGAGGGCUCCGGCACCGCGCGGAACGGUCCCGGCAGCAGAGAAGGGGGAAGUCAGGACUUACCUGUCAUUACUUUCUACGCCAUCUUGGAUCCACUUGUCAACGUCCCCACAAAGCAUUAUGGAUCUCGGGUGCGCGGCGGCGGGCUCCCGCGACCCGCUUCUCGCUCCGGGCAGCCGGGGGUCGCCUUCAGGGCCCGGCCAGCCCGCCGAGCAGCCGGCGCUCUGACUCCCGCAUCCGUGGACCGAAAGGUGCCUCCGCCCUGACAAACCGUUCCGGGGCCGUCGGACUCCGGGAUCCGGCGACUCGGUGUCCCCAGUCAACCAGCGUCGAAGCGCGUUUGGGGGGGGAUGGGGAGAAAUCAACAAAACGCAACUUUUACGCAGUUUACUCUCCCUCCCGCCGUCUCCUCCCCUCGGCCGGUAGCAGGAUGCAAGACCCUCUAGAUAGGAGCCCCUCCCCUAGGAAUGCGGGCUCUCCCGAAUCCACACUUUGGCUGCCCGGGGUGCGUGCAGAUCGUGACUUCCCGGGGCAGGUAACGCGGAGCGCGGCUGCGGGCUCGGGCUCGGGCGCAGAGGCGCGCCCGGACUCGCAGGAGGGACCCGAGAGGGUCGGGGGCUGCAGGGAGGGUGUGCCCGCCGGGGUCCACCGGGCGAGUCCCUGCGGGGUGCUGAGUCCAAGCUGCCGGGCGAGGGGAAGACUGCGGGCACCACCCCCGCCCAGGGGCGGUGGAGAGACGCACGUAGUCGCCCGGCUGCGACCGGGAGCGAUGGAAAUAGGGGGCGCCACGAUGCCGGCGGGUGAGCCGGGCGUGUGACCCCUGGGCUAGCGGGCUCUGCGGGGGAGCCGAGCUCUCUCCGCGAUCCUCGCCGCCGGCUUUCGGUUGCGGGGGGCGCCCUGGCGCCGGUCGGUC